CCGACCGUGAAAUAAGAUGUCUGAUUCCAGCUAGCAGAUUCAACACAAGUUCUCCCAAGAAAUAAAUGAAAUAAACAACCUCCUGUCUUCACUUCUAGGUUCAGACGUUCAGGCGUAAGAACCAGAACGGCGGCUGUAUAUUUCCAGCUCGGAUGGCCUGAGAUUGAAUAUGGUGAAUCUUUGUAGGCUCUAAGUAAAUAUGAAUGAGCCGGUGAUAGGUGACAAGUUUUAUGUUAAUUUCUAAUUUGAGAUUUUGAUGUUGUUACACAGCAUGAAGUUAUAAUUAAAUGGUUGUUUUCUUGAGCCUUUACUGCUGACUCACGUCUAAUAUUUCACUGGAUCCAGGAGGGUGAAAGUCACAGCCUGGAACCUAGUAAUGAUCCUGAACAAGGAUCUUCACAACCAUGGAGCCUGAAAUUCUUGAAGCACAUUGUCUCAUCAAACAAGCAAUCAUUACCCUGUCUUCCUCCAGAACCAGUGCAGAAAUCAUACACACCUUACAGUCUGUGAAGCAGUACCUAAAAGGACCAGAAACUGCCGAUCCCUUGCCACAGAGCAAAAAAUUUGUAAAAACACACUAUUCCCACUUCCUACAAGUCCUGACUAAUAAUAUCAGUGCUGAUUGGCUGCAGUUGCUACCUGUUAACCGGGAAAAAGAAUUAUUGGAUGACUUCUUUCUGACUGGCCCACCCCAUGAAGCAUUCUUGGUGCUGCUGGACACUAUCACAGCAACAAGACCAAGCUUACGACAGGAGCGAUGUGUGGCAAUUCUGGAGCGGUUCCUGCAGGAGAAUCGGUUGACCCAGCUAAUCUGGGAGAUUUGUCUCGAAUACAUCUCGCCUCACAUGUCCAGUCUACAAGAGACACUGCUGAAUAAAAUCUCUGCUUUGCCAGAUCACAUGGCAAACAAACUGGAGAAGGACAACACAACGAUAUUCUACCCCGAGAACUACUACCCACUGUUAGGACAAGAGAUGGUAUUGGUAUUGGAAAGAAUUUAUGAGCAACUGAAAGGUGGGAUGGACAGUUCCCUCUUCUUCGUGUCUCAGCUUCUGGGGAAGGUCUGCAUGCAAGGACACACUGAUGCCGUUCUACAAGUGUUGGUGCCGAGACUCACUGUUCUUACCCAAUCGGAUAGCAUUUGGCAACGAAUCAGUUGGCGAUUAGUGGAGAAUGUGCCUGAACGUUGGAUGGAGAAUGUAGUUUCUGGUUUCGUCCGGCUAUCAGCAGGGCCGAACGUGCUCUUGAGGUUACUAGGCAGCAUCGUGCUGAAGAACAAGAAGGCCAAUUUUGUUCUAACUCACAAAUUCCUACUCUUGCAGUAUCAGCUCAAGACUUCUGUGCUACAAAGCUUGCUGGGAUAUCUGGCCAAAGAGAAGUCUCAAGGCUGCUUAUUGAUUGAGGUGCUUAAGAAGUUGUUGGAGACCUGGAGUAACAGCAGUGCCCUGAGACACACCCCCAUAGAACAGCAGCUUUAUAUCAGCAAGGCCAUUGUCAUCAUUCUUGCAGAACUCUCAGACUCACAGAUACAGGAACACAAAACAGAGCUUCUCUCUGGGAUGAUGGCUGGGAUGGAGUGUCACCUGGACAGCAAUAUAGCCCGUGUUCGCCAGCUGGGGAUGGUUGUUGCAGAAUGUCUGAAUGCAAGGGUGAACUCUGGGGAUCACAGGCUCAAGUUCCAGUACACAGAAGAUGAUGAGUUGAGGGAACUAAAGUCACUGUCCAACCCGAGGCAGCAGUCAAGCUGGGAGGCCCCUCAACAGCAGUACAAAGAUGAAAGCUCACAGCUAGAGAGUGGACUAAACUUGGCAGAGACCAGUCUGAAUCCUGUGGACAGCAGACAGCCCAUGCAGGAAGUGCAGGGCACAGAGUCUGAGUCUGAACUUGACAGUGAUGACGAACUGGUUCCAUAUGACCUGUCGAUUGAUACUGAGCUGCAAAGGAAUCGGGCCCCAGUCUACGUCAGUGACUGUGUAGAAGUCCUGAUGACAUCUGCAGAUCCAGAACAAAUUGAAAUAACUUUGAAGGUUGUGGAAAACUUGAUUAGAAAAAAUCCAACUGCAAGUAGAGAGAUCAGUGUGCAGUUAACAAAGGUUCUCCUCCACCUUGAGGACAAAUUUAACAUCUCUGGGUUCAUGGGACUGCGACAGAGGGGGUUGGUGGCAAUCACUGUCACUGACACAAUUCCUGUCACUCAGUAUCUUACCACGGAGUUCUACGCUGUAAAUUAUAGCCUGUCUCAACGUCUGGACAUCUUAGAUGUCCUGGCACUGGCUGCUCAGGAGCUAUCCCAGCCUGACAGCAGCCGGACAGCAACAAGUGAGAGCCCCUCCAUUCAGCUGUUGAGGUCAGAAACUUCAGGUCCACACAACCCCAGCCAGCAAUGGAAGAAAAUCAUUGAGGAAAGGAUAGAAAACAAGACCCGUCGCUUCACCAGAGGAGCAUCAAGAUCAGAACCCAAGGCUGUUCCCAACAGGCUGAGUUCAGUAGCUGGACAUUUCUUCUUCCCUCUGAUCAGAAAUUAUGACAGGCCACAGACUCCAUUUGAUUUCCUGGCUGAACAGCCUUUGAUGAUGGGACGUCUAAUUCACACGCUGGCAAUUAUAAUGUACUUUUCUGUGAAUGCCAUGGUUGCCAUUCACAUGGGGAAAGCUCUGCUGGAUUUCAUCUGGGCUGUUCGAUAUCACGCAGACGCGUAUGUGCGGCAGGGCACACUGUUUGCUGUCUCCUCGGUGUUACUGAGUGUUCCCAGCCACAUCCUCCUGACUGAAGUUCCAGAUGAACUCCUAGAAAUGAGAUCCUGGCUUGCAGAUGUUGCUGAGAAUGAUGCAGAUGAAGGUUGCCGCAGGUCAGCUCUGCAGAGCUUGCUUUUACUCGAAAACUUCAAGAAGAAACUUGGUAUUUCCACAGAAUAAUCUUUAAUCGAGGUUCAGAUCCAUCUGCUAACGUUACUUGAAGUUGCAUCAGGGACACCUCCAUGUAAUCAGGUCACUGCAAGUUGGAGUAGGUGACUGCCAAAGUGUGAGGCACUCCCUAAAUCUGGCCUUGAACAGAACACACAUGCACAAACCCUGCGUUUUGUAGAAGAUUCAGGAGGAGAAAAUACCAAUAAUUAAGUGUCCUUAGAGGGUGACCACCAUGAGAGAAGUAUGAACCAAGAAGAUUUUGUCUUCCAUGUUCACUAAUAGUUGUAGAAUAAUUGACUCAAAGGGCUCAGUGGAAUGCUAAGCUGUCAGUGGAAAAAACAAUUAAGGUCUGAAGUCUUGGAUCUUGGGAACUUCCUUUUCUGACCUGGAGAUGCAGUCAUCUGUAAUCAUUGAGUCUGAGAACACAUUUAUUUGUCUUGUGAGAAGGUGCCAGUUUUCACUGGUGCACAUUUCCCGCUUUCUCCCUCUCCCACUGGAGCCUGGGCACCCCUAGUAUCAGCAGCCUGCUCAGCCUCAGCGUGCACCACGGCUGUUCCUGAUUCUGAUGACCACAGCUGUACUUCAGGGAGGAAUUGAGCAACAAGGAGUGAAAAAAACGGUCCAAACUUUCCCUAAACCAGAGACAUGAAGCUAAAUCCUAGUGUAACUAAAAACAACUGAGUUGACCUGUAAAUUCCAGGUUUAUGUAGAUUAGGAUCACAUAAAGUAUACUUAAUCCAUUACAGCAGUGAAUAUUUCCAUAUUUUUACUGAUGGGUAUUUGCAGCCUCUUCAGGUUUAGAGUCACAGGGUAAAAUGGAAACAGCUUCAGUUUCUGGGCAAGUAAGAAUUAGAGAGCUCUGGAGAGCUCUGCCUGUAAGGCAACAGGUCUCAUAACAAAUGGCUCAUGUAACUGGUGACACCAGAUCCACGCAGUCUGGUCUCAUAUUUCCUACUAAUUUAAAUACUGUCACCUUACCUUGAGAACUAAUUGGAAGGACAAAAGAUGUAAACUGACAUGACAAAAGAUGUAAACUGUGCAACAAAACUCUAACAUGGUAGGGAGAAUAAAAAUCAUUUAUUCUGAAAAUAAUGAAAACCCAGAGUGUGUUAGUCAGACCAAAAGAUACUUUCCCAACUCUGAAAGAUGAUUUACUUUAUAAUUCCUCACAUCUGCCAAGCACUGUUGCUUCCACAAAAUGGAAAUGAAUAUUUUUGUUUAGGAAUGAGCUGCUCUUUCCUUUAAACGAAGAGGAGAAAGAGGAAUGAGCAGAAGAAUGAUAUGUAACUAAAGUAAUAAGUUAUAUUAUUCCAAAAGCACACAACAGAGAGAACAAAGCUGCCAAAACGUGCUGAACAUUGAACACCAGGCCAGGACCAUGCCUAGUUGUGCUGAUGUCAGUCAGGGUAGAACAACAGACUGGACUCAAUGUGACUAGAUUAAGAGUGAUGGAACAGCUCAAAAUGUGGCUACUUGCUGCCUAAAUGUACACAAAGUGGGGGGGGCGGAGGGGCAGAGGAGGAGCUGGAGGUGAAAAAGAUUAAAGUCUACGAGACGACAAAGCCCAAUACUGCAACGGGCAGAUACACUGCUUUACUGGGAAGCAAGUUUAGAACAGAAUUUGCCAGCAUUGCAUUUUCUCAACAUGACAAAAGAUGUAAACUGUGCAACAAAACUCUAGCAUGGUAGGGAGAAUAAAAAUCAUUUAUUCUGAAAAUAAUGAAAACCCAGAGUGUGUUAGUCAGACCAAAAGAUACUUUCCCAACUCUGAAAGCAGACUGGUCCUCGAUGCCUGAUUGCAGCUAGUUUAUUGUGAGAAGUGUUGGUGUUCUUUUGUUGACCAAUUUUCCCAGCUUCGGCACUGAGGCUGGCUGUGUCCCUUCCCUAGCAGAUAAAUACUAUUAAGAAUGAGAGAGAAAAAGUCAAAUGGUAUAGUGAUCUGAAAAAAAUGGAAAGGAAUCAGAGAUUUAUUUCUUCCUGAAUUUUGUGGUUCCAGGAUGACAAGAACACUUUCCAUAUGGAUAAUCCUGUGCCAAGAUGAAGCAGUUGAAGAGCAGGUAUAGCAAUAGGUUAGAUGCAGAGUAAAGCUCCCUCCACAUUGUUGACUUAAAUACUCUCGGCUCAUUCAGUACAAGUAGGGACGGUCACAAGCCUCCUCCACCUUUACCAAAUAAUGGUUGUUAUGUACCGUGCUACUAUGUAUCAGCUACUAGGAGCUAGGGCUAAGCUGAUUUCACACAAACCUGUAACAGGCAGCAGACUUGGUAGCUUACAGCACAGGAGUCUAAACUCAUUGGAACCUGGUCACCAAAGUAAUGGUUAGUGGCUAACCAUAGUGGCAUUCAGUCUGUUGGACAGGAGAUUUAAAGGAUGAGUCACUUUUUGAUAUUUACUCAAGUUGUAAUAGGAACUGAAAUUGCAAACCACAAUGCUGACAAUUGAACACCCUCAAAUGCACUACACUGAAUGAGAAGAGUCAAUGAUACAGAACUGGUUUCUGUUUAAGUGAAGGUCCCUGGUGAGAAAGGUCUUUUAGUAGGUCAUAAUGCUGCAUCUGACAGAAACAAAUGCCUUUCCUUUAUUUUAUAACAAAAGGGAUAUGUUCUAUUAGACUUAUGCUUCGACAGUGAUAGAAUUCUAUAGGGAGUCCAGUGUUGGAACACACUCGGUAAAAUAAUCUUUUACCUCUAUUAGCCCUUUCCCUACCAGACAAAAUAAAGAGGAAAUAAUGAAUUUUGCAAAGAAAUCAACACAUUCAUAUAAUCAGACUCCUCAAAAAUUUAAUACUUGUAUUAAAGUUUUAUUUUGUUUCAAUUAAACUGGUUUUUAUAGUUAAAACCUUCAGUUAUUUUACAAUUAAAGUUUCAACCAUUAGCCCCCAAAAUUUAAAUGUGUUAAUUCUAACAUCAGGUAACUACAUAGAAAAUAGACACACAAAAAUCAGUUUAUAAGAGACUUCUGUUCCAAUAUGUACACCAGACUUACAUGUAAAGAGUGCAAGGACAAAGAAUUACUUGAUCUCCAAAGUGUCUAAGGAAUCUUAUGUGGGAGUCUGGGAGGCACCUGAAGUUUGAACCAGUUCCUAGUAAUUUGCAGAUUUUUCAUUUUGCUGAUAGGUUGAACAGAUUUGGAUUCAAGGAUUCCUGGUUAGACACCCCUCCUUUGUAAGGCAGGCUGAUAUUGUGCAUUUAUUAACUCUGGUUAAAUGUUGAACAGGAAUAACUGCUGGUUUCUGCAAUUGAAAGCCCUUGAAGUGGAGAUUCUUCAGUAAAUCAAGAGAGCACAUUAAAGCAGUCCAAAAUUAUCACAACAGUACUGCAUCUCAUUUUUAUGAGAAUUCACAAUAAUAAAUUUAUGACCACCAGACCUGACUGGGGUGUGAUCAUUAAUCUGCUAAAGAACAGCUGCACAGCUUGGUCUUGGACAUGUCAUAAUAAAGAUGAGGCAACUAAGUGAUCAUGACAUGGAAACUUUGGUGGGAUUGUUCCAAGUGUUACAGCAGCUAACAUGGAACCAAAUUGUUCGAUUUCUGAAGCAAGAGGCCAAUCAGUCAUGGCUGAAGGAGAAUGGUCAAGAUUCAGAAAUCCUUUAUGGAGAUCUAAACUUAAGAAUUAAAAAAGCUAAAGGAAUUCACCUCUUCCCUACCAAUCUCCUUCCUUCAUUAAUGCUCCUGGUAAUGUUACUUCAAUCAAACAUCACUUCUCUCAAAGUAGAAUACUUUGGUGGUAUAAUUGUUCUCAUUGGGUCAGACUGCAAUUAAGUAGUUUAGUCUGAUCCAUGUUCAGACUUCAGAUCCUUUUGUGGAUUUUCAAAGCUUAUCUAAUUGUAAG